AUGGAUGACUCGCCCGAUGUGUCCACGCUCGUUGCCGGGCUCACUGCGGAGUCUGAAAGUGCGCGCAAGUAUGCCGUGUUCAAGUUGAAGAGUGCACUGGGCGAUCUGUCCUGGGCCGACGAAUUCAUCCGCGCGGAUGGGUUGCCGGCGCUGCGCCAGGCCGUCCUCGACACCAGCGGCAACACGCAGGCGUAUGCCCUGGGCAGUUUGGAUGCCCUGCUGGAGUUGGACUUGGGCUGGGAGUGCUGCGACGGUGAGGUGCUGGAAACGGCACUCUCGCUUGCCAUUUCCCACCCGCUUGUCAACAUUGUGCGAAAUGCUUUGAAGCUACUCGUUCUGGUAGUGUCGAGGCCGAUGUCUGCCGCACAGAUCAACGACGACGACCACGCAUACGGCUUUCGCGCUAUCAAGCCAGCCUUGGACAACCACCCGCAGUUCCUCGAGUCGCUGGUACAGCGCCUCAGCGCUUCCGACCAUACUCUGUGCGCCAAUGCGCUACAGCUUGUCAAUGCAUUGAUGCGUGACGCUAUUGUGAAUGGUGGAGAGCACGAGUGGCCAAAGUUCAUCAAGCGGCUGCAAGAUCUAGGUGUAAUUGGUGGUGUUGGGACGCUCAUGCGAGGAGAUGCCGCGACAUACGUGGACAGCCCCCUGGCGACCGCCAUUCUGGAAUUCCAGGGGCUCACUCAGGUACUGCUGAGGAAGUGGAGGGAUGUAAUGGUCAACUUGGAAUUGCCCGAGCACAAGCGUGCGUUGAAAACCAUACACCUGCUCAGCAAACCUAUACCAUAUACGCCUCCUGUGGGAGUCAAUGGCGACAAGGUUCGGAAACAUCAUCCCAAGAAGUGGCGACGAUUGGGGUUCGAGACCGAGUCUCCUGCGUGGGAAUUUGACGAGACAGGAUACCUGGGUAUGAUGGACUUGGUGGACUAUGCCCGGCGGAAUGAGGAUGCCUAUCAGAAGACACUCCUGGAACAAUCCAACCAGAGUCAAGAAAUGCGCUGCCCUCUUGCUCGCGCAAGCUUGAGUGUCACGCUGAUCAUGUACGAGCACUUUGAGAUUGACGAAGCCACAGAAUCUGGAGUCAGCGGUGCCAGCGUUGAUGAUCGAGCAGAUCAAAGUGUGGACAAGCUGUACAAGCCGCUAUUGCUGCAGUGGGGACGUCUGCACACCGCAUCGCUCAACACGUUUCUCCGCCUUUGGAAGGACUCGGGCGCGCAGGUCGAGGACAUCUACCGAAUCGAAGAACUGAUCCGCAUUGUCGUGGAGCACGUUGUGGGCUUCGCCCCCCGCAAAACCGACAUCAGCAAAGUCGAGGAAGAACUUCGGGUCGUUAGUCUGGAAACUGCGCGAGCAUGGCAGAUGGAGAACCUCAACGAAGUAUAUCAGGACGCCURGGGACCGCACCUGGUGCAGGUCCGCGAGCAGUUACAUCACGAGAGUCUCCAGUUCAUGAAGGAGCAACGAAUCCGAUGCCUCCUCCAAGGGUCUUGGUUCCCCGUGCCAGCAACCCCGACAGAUGAACCUUCUUGGCGGUACGUGCGACUCAGUCACAACAGACGAUGGCUGCACUUCCAGAACUAUGAAUCCAAGGGGACGCACGAGCCUCCGUUGGAAGACUUGCCGGACAAGAUUGACCUUAAUACCGUCACAUCAGUCGACAGCAAUGUUUCGGCGUCCGAGCAGCCCCUGUUGAAGAUGAAAAAUGACAGCUCGGAGACUUUGAAGGAUUCCGCUCGCGAAGAUUCAGCGAAAGGGACCAGCACUAAGAUCACUAUUUUGGGCAAUGCUCCCCUAGCUCAGAUGAAAGGCAGUGACCAAGAUGAGCAGACCCUAUUAGAACUCUUUCCGCAGACAGCAUUCCUAGCAUCCGAGUGGUUGGAUGGCCUGCUGAUGCUGCUAAAUCAGCAACCGAUCACCAAAGACACGGCACGAUUGGUUGAAAUGAUGGAGGACUGGGGAGUACGCCUGAGGAUGCUCAACCUUCGGUGGGAAGAUGUUGACUGGGAUGCUCUGGAGAUGGGUGCAAAGGGUGAUACGACAGAAACUAGACCUGUGCCGAGUCGAGAGGGAGUUGAUGAUUCGUACUAUUACGCACUUCCAGACGAUGAGGUGUAG